AUGUCUCUAUCUACCUUCUCAUAUGAAAAUUCUACUGCAGAAGAAAUAGUAUCACAAGUGCACACGUCUAGCAACUUUCUUCAUAUAUUACCCAGCGAAUUUCGGUCACGUGAUUGGGAACGUGAAUCCAAGAAACUGAUUGCUACAGAAUUGCACUGCACUACUUUGGCAGAAUAUUUUAAACAGAAGAAAAUUCCGAGAGGCCUUCGGGUCCACCUUCGUCCAACUCUUUUUCCCAACAACAACGAGUACUGCAAUAAAUUUGAAUCGAUUAUCAACAAGUGCUCUUUAGACAUCAUAGUCUUAAGCAUAGAAUUUCUCCAAAAAUCGAUUAUCGACUCAAAAGAAAAAUUAACAGCGAUCGAGACGCAAUUAGUCUCCACGAUUCCAGCAGAGGAGUGGGCUGAUCUUAAACAGAAGACCGAAAGAAUCCUCAACGAUCACCAGAAAUACCUUGAAACAACUAAACGCAACAAAUUUUUCCGCGAUUCAGAAGACUACCAACUACAGCGAGUCUACAGAUGGCAGUGGCAAAGCUCCUCAACGGGCAACGACUACUCUACCUACACCGGCUAUGCUUCAUCCUCCUCAGGGAGCGAACGAUCAACCGGUUACCGGAACCAGCGGUUUUUUCACAGGCGCGGAUAUCGCCCAGGAAGGAGAAGACCAGCCGCCUACGCCGAGGAAGGGGAAGAAGUCAAUCGAAACACGACAGGGAUACAGACACGGUCACAGGUAAUUAAAUGUAAAGCUGCGGUGUGCUGGGCACCUAAUCAACCGCUCAGCAUAGAAGAGAUUGAAGUUGCGCCACCAAAGGCUCAUGAAGUUCGCAUAAAGAUUGUGGCGACUGGAAUUUGUCGUUCAGAUGAUCAUGUUACAAGUGGUGUUAUAGAUGUGACAUUCCCUCUGAUUCUGGGCCAUGAAGGUGCUGGGAUUGUAGAGAGUGUUGGUGAAGGAGUAACAGAUCUGAAACCCGGAGACAAAGUCAUCCCACUGUUUAUGCCUCAGUGUGGAAAAUGCAGAGGUUGUGUGCAUCCAGACAGCAAUGUUUGCUCCAACAAUGAUCUUGGGAAAUUUAAUGGGGUGUUAUUAGACAACACCACUAGAUUUACCUGCAAGGGGAAACCUGUUCAUCACUUUGUCGGUACCGGCACUUUUACCGAAUACACAGUGGUUAAUGACAUUGCUGUUGUUAAGAUACACCCGGAUGCACCGCUGGAUAAGGUCUGCCUCAUUGCCUGUGGAUUCUCCAGCGGAUAUGGCUCUGCUGUGAAGGCUGCUAAGGUUAAACCCGGAUCUACCUGUGCAGUAUUUGGCCUGGGAGGAGUGGGUUUGUCAGUGAUUAUCGGAUGUAAAGUAGCUGGUGCUUCCAGGAUUAUAGCCGUUGAUAGAAGCAGUGACAGAUUUGCAAAAGCCAAAGAGUUUGGAGCCACUGAUUUUAUCAACCCUAAAGACUAUGACCGUCCUAUCGAUGAAGUGCUGACAGAGAUGACUGACGGCGGAGUGGACUAUGCCUUUGAGGUCAUUGGAAACACUGAAAUCAUGCAAUCUGCUAUUAAAUCCACUCACUUUGGCUGUGGAAAAACUAUGAUUUUAGGUUUGUCUCCUUCAACCCAUACGAUUACAUUUGAUCCAAUGCUAAUUCUAACUGGACGUAUUGUGACUGGAUCCUUUUUUGGAGGUUGGAAGGGUAAAGAUGAUAUACCAAAAAUUGUGUCUGAUUAUGUAAAUAAGAAAUUUGAGUUUGAUGGGCUGAUAACACACAGAUUGCCAUUUGAGAAGAUCAAUGAAGCAUUUGAACUUAUGCGCAAAGGAGAAUGGCUAGCUAGCAGGAAUAAUCCCUUUUCUCAGUUGCAGAGAGCAGGUCAGCAGUGUGUGGCUCCAGCAGAUCUGCUCUCCACAAGUGAAACUGACGGUUUCCAUAUGUGCGUGUAG